AUUAGAUUAAUUAAAACACUCAUGAGUUAGUCAUAAACCCUAGCUUUUAUUCGCUCUAAUUUUCUCCGGAUUGUGCUUCUAACACCACCUGCAUAAAUUUGAAACCAGCGUUCCCGACACUACGCAAUCCGUCUAUUUUGCUAAUUGGAUGAAUUGAAUCAGAUCGAUCUUAAUUUUAUCGUGAAAAUUUAGGCGAGAGAAAAAUGUGGAGUAGAUUAUGGAGCAACAACAAUGGAGUGUUAGGAAAAAUUGGGGGAGAAGGAGGUGCAAUGAUGAUGAAUUGGGUGAGAUAUAUGUCCAGAAAACGAGCUGAGAAUUUACGGAAAAUAAGCCCUAAAGUUCCGUAUUCUCACGCUACCAUCAUUGCUCAAGAUCUAUUCAAUCUUAUUCAAAAUCGCGGUCCUCAAACCAUUGGUACUGCUUGGACUAACGUUCAGGAGGCAGGCAUCAGUGGAUUAAACAGCAAAACACACCUUAAGAUAAUGCUGAAAUGGAUGAGAGGUAAGAGGAUGCUGACGCAGGUCUGCCAGCAGGUUGGUUCAAACAAGAAGUUUCUACUGUGCACACCUAAAGAUUCUCAAGCUGUGAAAGCAACCGGGGCUGCUAGAGUGAAGUUGCGAACCGAGAAAUCGACAAAAUUAAAGAAAAAUCAGAAAUGAUGUGCUCUACCUCAACCUCUCAUGUGCUCUCUCAAAGCCUAUGAAUUAGGAUUUUCUUGAUCGUUCACAUUUUGAUUGUUCUCCUAUCUUUGGUCUUCACAUCAAGACGAUUUCCGAUCUUUGAGUUGAAACUCAUCGAAAACUACUUUGUUUCUAUAGCUAGAAUGUCUACUAGUGUUAUCAUCUAUAUGUUCUUGCCCAUACUUUUGAAACAAAGGGAGUACAUUUGAAGUUAUUUAGGCGCUAGUUUUGCCGGUAAAGCAAAUUCCCAUUACAUCAUAUUUGGUUCGAAGAAAAAUAUUUUGAAUCGAA